AUGUCUUCAGAAUCCUACAAUCUCCAAUAUCUACUCCCCAAUACCCCGUUUCUCCUCGCCUACUCUUUGCCGCUCCUUCUCGUUUCCUUGAUCUUGACAUUUACUGGGUCUUUUCUCACCCUCGACCGCACGCGCUCAUUCCCCCAGAAAUAUCAACCUAUUCCAGGCUCCUUUGGGACGCAGAACUCUCGUAAACAACUCUGGAUUCUCGAAGGGGGAGUUGGGGGAUUGGCAAUCGGCUUCCUCUUUGGGGUCCAGUUAUCGACACUCCUUGCGCUGCUGAUCCCUUCGGUAACUUCGUCGAGCCGCUUGGGAAAUGGUAGCUUCCUGGCCAUCUGGAUCAUUUCAUCUGUCCUCACGACUCUCCUGGCUGGUCGUUGGAGGUAUUGCGCUUUCGCUUUCAUAGGCCUUUCCGGCGGUUCUAUGCUUGCAACAGGACUAUCUAUCAUUAUCCACCCCAACCUCGUAACGCGACAGAUCUUCGUUGGGAUUCUUACCCCAUUCAUGCUUAUCUCGUCUCUCCUCCCGUUGCCGCGCCAUCGCCGGAUAACCCUUCGUUUCUGUGCAGCCACGGCAGGCUCCUUUGGUUUGACCCUCUCCACGGCUCUCCUUGCACAUAUCCCCGCGUGGGCGAAUUGUUGGGAACGGCUGUGGGUGCAUGCUGAUAUCGAGUGGGGGACGAGUCAUGAGAAGGGGCUGAGUGCGAUGUUCUGUCUGUGUAUCGUGAUAGGUGUGGUCGUCGAUUGGUUCCUGAGGCGCAAGUUCGGUGAAUGUCCUGACGAGAAAUGGGACUCGUAUCUCGCUGACUACGCCUCUAACCUCCCCAAUCGCGCGGACCGCGCCGGGUCGUUCCAGCCACUGACAACAUUCUGGGAACGAACUUUUGGUGCAAAGAAAGAGCCCGAGAUCAUAUUUCCCCCGACAUCUGGCACUCCGGACUUGAAAUCACCGCAGGGGUUCGACGUGUCUGUCCCCUCACUGCACAAACACGAUGACGUACUGUCCCUCCCCAAAUCCCCUGGCUUCCUCCGUAAGGCACGCUCGCAAACGCGGUUCUCCCCCGGUGCGAAGAGACGCGAGGCAGUGAAAUUCCGACCAAUGGGGGAACUGAGUUCGGACUCUGAGCACGAAGGAGAUAGCUUCCCCCGUAGACCAUGGCUAAAGCACAAUUCGACUACGUCUACGGAUGCUACGCUCGUGGAUGCAAAGCAGGGUGGUAGUAAGUCGAGGGGGUUCGAUCCAAAGGGCUUGGACUAUGAUGAAGAGCUUGCGAAGUUGCAGGCUUUGGGAAAGGCGCGGGAUAUCCAGGAAGGCUCGAUCCCUGAGUACUCAGAUCAUGAAGACGAACAACCAGCCAAGUCCACUGGCGCCUCUAGUGCAACGUCACAUACGGCGGUCGCACAAUUAUCGCCGUCGGCAUCAUCGCAUCCGGCACACACACCACUUGCACCAGUCCCUGCGACGCCAUCAUUGAUCAUGGCGCUGGACCGUGUUGCUAUUGCUCAGAGACAGGCAUUUGGCGGCAAUGUGACCUCACCGACACCCAAGGCAGACGGCCUUCCGCGAGCCAGUCUGCCACCAUCUGCAGAUCACCUCCCCCUGGAAGGUCGAGCCGUACACACCGGACGCUGGCAGGACUUUUGGAGAGAAGUUGACGAUAAAGCUCGACAGUAG